AAAUAUAGUAGAACGUUGUGUGUUUUUUGUUUUUUUUCGAAUUUAACAAUUAUUUUUUAAUUAUAAAAUAAUAUGUAAUUCAUAAAUAUUUUAUUUACUACUUAUUUUUCAUUAUUUAUAACUUUUAAAUAUCAAUUUUAGAUUUAAAAAAAAGUGUUUUUUUUUCAUUCGCUGAUUUGUAUAUUUGUUGUGAACAUAACCUUAAAAAAAAGAAAAAAGGUUAUAAAUUUCAGUGAGAAUAAGAAAAUAAAAUAAAAUGUUUAUAAAUUAAAAUAAAUGGUAGUUUUUAGCAAUAAUUUGGAAAAUUUAAAUUUAACAUUUUUUUUAUUUAAAAAAAAAUGUCUGAGGCGGAGGGCUCAGAAUCUUUUAUUGAACGACAAAGACAUGAACUUGCAGCACUUAAGUCAAUUUAUGGCGACGAAUUACAGGAUUUGAGAAAAAAUAAACAUAAAAGAAAAUGGCAACCUCUCGACAUUUUAGUAACAUUAACACCACAAGAAGGAAUGUCGGGACCUGCAGAAAUUCAUGUACAACUCGAUUUAAGAAUUACUUGUGGCGAACAAUAUCCUGAUAAAGUACCACAAAUUCAAGUACAAAGAAGUCAAGGACUUUCGGACAGUCAAAUUGGAAUUUUAAUCUCAGAAGUUGAGGCAUUGGCAUUAAAAAUUUGUGGUGAAGUAAUGAUUUUUGAAUUAACGCAACAUGUAAGAAAAUUUCUCUGCGAACACAAUAAACCAGGAACACGUAGUUUUUAUGAGGAAAUGAUGUUAACAAAACAGGAGAAAAUUAAAUACGAAAUGGAGGAGAAAAAAUUAAAAGAAGACAAAGAACGUCAAGUUUUACAGGAAGAAAUUGAAAAGCGUAAAAAUGCAGUUAGAGCAGAAUUAAGAAAUCGUCGUGAAUCGGCGCGUAUAUCAUCGCUUGAUUCUGAAUUAUCAUAUUCAAUUCCAUCAUCGCCACGUGAACGUAUUAGAACAUAUUCACGACGUCGUUGUAUGAGUACAUCGGAAUCAUCAACAACAAUUGAUAUAAAUUGUGAACAUCGUGGAACAAAACUUUUACAUUUUGAUAAUAAUAAUAAAAUUGAAAGACAAAUACAUCGUGGUAAAUGUCUUGGACAUAGUACAAAAGGUUCAAUUGUAUUUCCCGGUCUUGAUAUGACAACCGGUGAAAUAUUAGCAAUUACCGAAUGGACAUUUAAAUAUAAAAUGGAUAAUGAAAAUAAUACCGAAUCAAUGAUUGAUUUACAAUAUAAUUUAAAAAAACAAAUCACAACAAUUGAACAGGAAUUAAAUCAUCUUUGUAAAUUACAUCAUACAAAUCUUGUACAUUAUUUAAAUAUGAAAACAAUUGAGAAUGAUGAUUCAAUUGUUAUUUAUAUUUUACAAGAAUUUGUCGUGGGAACGACUUGUUCGUAUUUUUUUAACGACAAUACACCAGUUGGUAUUGAUAUGCUUCGUCAUUUAGCAACGGGAAUUCUAUUGGCACUUAAUUAUUUACAUGAGAAUAAUGUUGUACAUAGAGAUAUUCGCGAUUCUUGUAUACACAUUGAUCGUUCGGGAAUUAUUAAACUCUCGGAUUAUUCACUUGAUAAACGUCUCUCGGAUAUUUAUCAAACUAAUCAAUUGUCAAAAAUUGAAAAUGAUUUUCCAAUUAUUCAAGGAAGAAGUGGCAAAAAAUUAGAUAUUUAUCGUUUUGGUAUUUUAAUAUUUUCAUUAAUGAAAGGGUAUAUUGUUUCUGAGAAGGAAUUGGAAUUGGAAUCAGUAUUACAGGUUAAUUUAAAGGAUUUUUUAUCAAAAUGUUUAUUAAAAGAUGAAAGAAGUCGUUGGUCAACGUUACAAUUAUUGGAACAUAAUUUUAUACGUUCACCACUUGAACGUGGUUUAUCGUCACCGGGAAAAAAUCGUGAUAAUGAUGAUGAUGAUUCUGAUUCAGAGGAACCAAUAACGGCUGUUAAUUUAUAUCCAUCGAUAUUUGGUAUACAUUCAAGAAUACAAAAUGAAUUUGCAAUAUUAAAAUGGUUGGGUAAAGGUGCAUUUGGCGAUGUGCUUAAAGUGAAAAAUAAAUUAGAUGGCUGUAUUUAUGCAAUUAAAAGAAUUAAAUUAAAUCCCAAAAAUAAACAAUUAAAUCGAAAAAUAACACGUGAAGUUAAAUUAUUAUCACGUUUACAACAUGAAAAUGUUGUACGUUAUUAUAAUUCAUGGAUUGAAAGUGCAACACUUGAUGAUCGUGCAUUAUGCUCGGAUUCAACGCCACAAGAUACACCAUCAAAUAUGCCAAGUGAAGAGGAACCAAUCGAAAUUAUUGAUCAAUUGGGUGUGGCGGAAAUUGAGAAAUUAGCACCGCCAAUUCACGAUGUCGAAUGGAAUAUUGCCUAUGAAUCGAGAACUAGCGCUAAAAUAACUGACGAUAGCGAGGAAGACGAUUCGGAUGAUGAUGAUUCUAAUGAUAGCGAUGAAGAUUGGGCUUUUAUAAUGGGAGUUGGAAGCGUGGAAAAUUCAUCGUCCGAUGGUAUUGAAUUUGAAAAAGUUGGCAAUUCAACGGAUGAAAUUGAUUCGAUUUCAUCGCUAAAUAAAGAAAUAGAAAUUAAUGCCGAUGAACAACAAGAUGAGCAACAACAACAAAAUGAAAAUUUUUCAUGCCUAAUGGAAAUUCAAUAUAUGUAUAUACAAAUGGAAUUUUGUGAGAAAUCAACAUUAAGAACGGCAAUUGAUAAUGGUUUAAAUGAAGAUGAAAAUCGUGUUUGGCGAUUAUUUCGCGAAAUUGCUGAGGGACUUGCACACAUACAUAAACAGGGAAUGAUACAUAGAGAUUUAAAGCCAGUUAAUAUAUUUCUCGAUAGUAAAGAUCAUGUGAAAAUUGGCGAUUUUGGUCUUGCAACAACGAAUAUUCUCUCAACACUUGUGCAAACAACAAAUAUCGAUAAUAAUAUUGAUCGCGAUACAAUUAUUGACAAAGGUACAAGUGGCGAUUUAGAUGAAUUAGGUUCAUUAACAGGACAAGUUGGAACGGCUUUAUACGCAGCGCCAGAAUUAAGUACAAAAGCAUCAAAAGCAUUUUACAAUAAAAAAGUCGAUAUCUACAGUUUGGGAAUAAUUUUUUUUGAAAUGUGUUACAAACCCCUUGCAACGGGAAUGGAGAGAGCUAAAGUUUUAUUAAAUGUUCGUUCACCGGAAAUUAUUUUACCCGAUGAUAUGAAUGAAAUUGACAUGGCAAAUCAAAUUCAUAUUUUAAGAUGGUUAUUGAAUCAUGAUUCAACGCAAAGGCCAACGUCACAGGAAUUGCUUGCCUCGGAUUAUUUACCACCGCCACAAUUAGAACAAGCUGAACUUCAAGAAAUGUUGAAACAUGCAAUUUCAAAUAAACAAAGUAAAGCCUAUAAGGAUAUUGUUGCAUGUUGGUUUUCACAAUAUACACCGGCUGAGGAUAUAACAUUUGACAUGAAUUUAACAUCAAAGGCAAUUGUCAAUUCUCUUGUGCCACGAAUUCAAUUAAUUCAAGAGAAUGUUAAAACAAAAGUUAUGAAAAUUUUCACUAAACACGGUGGUAUUUGUUUUACAUCGCCAUUUUUAAUGCCAAAUUCAACAUGUACACAAAACUAUACGGAAUCUUGUGUUAAAGUUGCGACAAAAAGUGGUAAUAUUGUUUCAUUGCCAUACGAUAUACGUGUUCCAUUUGCGCGUUAUGUGGUGAAAAAUAAUAUUCAACGUUUAAAGAGAUUUGCAAUUGAACGAGUUUUUCGUGAAACAAAGAUUCACGGCCUACAUCCACGUGAAUUAUAUGAAUGUGCAUUCGAUGUAAUAACUCCAAUUGGCAAUAAUUUAAUGGAUGAAGCAGAAAUGAUAUCAAUUGUUUGGGAAAUAAGUGGUGAAAUUUUUGAAUUAAAUGAUAAAAAUUUCACUGUACGCUUAAAUCAUACAUCAUUGUUGCAAGCCGUUUUAAUGUAUUGUGGAAUUGAAGAGGAGAAAUAUCAAGAUAUUUAUACAAUACUUGGCGAUGCACGUUGUGGUAAAAUAUCACGUUUUCAAGUGAAAACACAUUUUAUUAGUUUAUGCCUCACUGAUCAAGCGAUGGAAAUGCUAUUUCAAAUAUUUGAAACUGAAACAACUGUCGAUAAAAUUGCUAUUGUUUUGAAAAAUAUAAUGCGACGAAAAGGCGAUGCAGCAAUAUUGGCACGCGAUGGUCUCAGUGAAAUUGAAACACUCAUUGAAAAUAUCGAAACACUUGGAGUUAAGUGGCCAAUCACAGUGGUACCAUUGCUUGUUCACAAUAUUGAACAACAUAGCGGUAUAAUUUAUCAAAUAAUAUCACGUGAAUCAAAACGUCAUCGACGAAAAUGUGGAUACGAUGUUAUUGCUGCCGGUGGACGUUAUGAUAAAUUAUUAUCAACAUUUCAUCAAGUAUUACAAAAUACAUCGCGUAUUGGCAAUGAUGAUGAUAAUUUAAAAAAAUAUGGCAUUGGAAUUAGUAUAUCAUUGGAUAAAUUAAUAUCAAUUGUUGAUGAUUUAUCACAAAAUCAACAAGAAAUUCGCAAUGAAUGUAAAUCAUCAUCAUCAUCAUCAUCAUCAUCGUUUAUCAAUAUUGUUGUUUGUUGCGUUGGUGGUGAACCAAUAAGAAAUCGUGAACAAAGUGAAGUAUUACGUGAAUUAUGGUCAUUGGAUUAUUAUCGUGUUAAUUCACAAAAUUUCACAACAAUUGAAGAGGUUUUUGAUUAUUGUCUUAAUUAUAUGAUUGAUCAUAUUGUUAUGUUAAAAAGUGGUGAAAAAGGUUAUUUAAUGGUUUACACAUGGGAAAAGGAACGUUAUCUUGAGAGAAAAAUUCAUUAUAAUGAACUUAUUGAUUAUUUAAAUCAAAAACAAUUGGAAAUAACAACGCCAAUAUUAAAUCGUACCGAUAGUAAGACAAAUAAUGCAAAUAAUGAUGUUUCAAAUUAUGUAUCGCCAAAUGUUAAUAUUAAUUUUUUACUUAAUGAAAAGGAUAAAUUGUCAGGUAUUGCAAAAAGAAGCAGUAAAAAUUAUAUUCUUACACAAAUGUCACCGCUUUUACAAAGAAUACCAAAAAUUACAGUGCAAGUGUUUGUCGUUUCUCUCGAAAUUUAUAUUGUCCGAUCAAUCACAAGUUACGUGGAAAUCGACGAAGACGAAAAUUUAUACAACAAAAGUGUUCAAGCCAUAAUUGAUUUAUACCCACGCCAAAAAGAAUACUUAAAACGAAUCUGUGAAGAAAUAAGAGAAGUGCGUAACGAAAAAAAUCGUCCUGCAAUUGUUUUGUACAGUAACACUGAUAGGCGAUAUGCGACAUUAAUUUAAUAAUAAUUUUUAUUAUUAGUUGCCAUAAAAAAAGACGUCGAAAUAGUAUUUAAUGAAAAAAAACUCAACAACAAAUGUACAAAGAAAUAAUAUAAUA